AUGGCGGACGCUUCAGUGAACGCCUCGCGACCACUUGUCGACAUCACGCCGGACACGCUGUCUUUCGAGCUCUUCCCCAACUCGCAGCCCGGCUGCGUGCUCUACGUCAGCAACGCCGCCGGGGUCACGGUGGCCUUCAAGGUGAAGACAACGGAGCCGAGGCGUUACCUUGUUCGACCAAACCAGGGGAUGAUCGGGCCGGGAGAGAGGGAGGCGGUGAACGUCUACCUCAUUGAGAAGGAGUGCAACCUACUCAUCCAUGAGGGUGUCCAGACGCCUUCUUCCCUGGGAAAGGUCAGCGACAAGUUUUUGGUUCAGACGGUGGGCCUUGGGGAAGGGGAGGCGGCGCUACUCACGUCCGUCGCCGCUGCCAAGCAGACCGAGGCGCUGACGAAGAUUUGGGCGACCUUCAACAAGACUGCCAUCCGCAACAAGAAGCUCAACGUCAGAAUCUCCCUCGCAAGCGGUGCGGCGAAAUCACUGUCCGCCGCCAACAGCACGGCGGCGGCUAGUGUGGCGCAAUCGCCGGCACGGACGGUGGGCAGCGACAGCGGCGGGGCUGUUUUCGCUUCCCCCGGCAGCCAAACUUCCCCCUCGGGCGUCGCGGCGAGGGGGGCCUACGGAGCGAGGAACGGGGGGGGGGGGUCUCGAGGGCAGCGUUUCGAGGGCAGGGGGGGUAGGGGGCGCGGGGCUGGACGAGAACUCUAGAGUACUAGCGAACAAAUACGACGAUCUUGUGAACUACACGGCAAACUUGACAGAGGAGCGCGAUGAGCUGAACGCUAGUUUAGAGGAGGCCAAGAAGGCGCUGCAGCGGGAGAUGGCCACCCGGAUCGCACUAGAAAGCAAGGGCCAGAUGCAGCAGGGCAGAAAGGGAUCCACAAGGGGGGGCGUUCGUCCCCCGGUUAACCAUCAGCGCGAUGGCGGCGGCGGCUUCGGGCUGGUCACCCUGUCAAUCGUAGCUUCUAUUUUUUUCUUCCUAGGCCACUGGCUUGACCUGGCUAGUGCCGGCGACGCCGUCACCGCUCGCCCAUCGGUGAUCCAGCAGUACGCGGCGUCACCCCAGCCAUUCACCAGCAGUGGGAGCAGCCGGGAGGGCGGGGAGGGGUCGUCGGAGUUGUGACACUGCUGUUUCGUCCCUGAUGGUUUGUUCAUCCCGCUAGAUCGCGCACCCUGCAAGGCUACAGGCUCUUGGUUGGGACUUCCAUGCUGUACAGCUACGGCUGGACUACUCGCUGUCAUCAUGACGGCAGGAUCGGCGGCGCGUGAGGAGGAGACCUUGUUUUGUAGCCUUCAGCAGGAAAAUAUCAGGCAGGGAUGGUAUGUAGGGAGACACGUGACGAGAAGGAGAGCAUUUGCGCAUUUGAUGCUAGCGAUCACGGGUCCUUGGUGGGUGUAUGUAGCGGACGACCCGUGGUUUUGGUGGGGACGCAAAUGCGUCCUAUUUUAGCAUGCACAGCGCCCUGUUAAUCACGGUUGGUUGCUGCAUAAACCAUCUUGACUACAUCCAGACAUCCAGACAUCCAGACAUCCAGACAUCCAGCGGCAUCCGCGACGUUCCCCUUGCAUCGGUUCCAUCGAACGGGAAGAUAUGUGUGUGCUCGCCCGGGGUAAACAGGAGUGGCACCUUUCCUUGCGUUCCGCGCGUGCGUUGAUUCGUGUGUUUGUCGUGUGUGGAGAUCGGGAUGUUUCGGAGGCACGAGGCCUUGGGACGGUCGUGGUUUGGGCUUUGUUGCUGCCAAGUGGCAUGCACGACGAACGCGGUGGCUCGACGUAGAGUGAGAUGGUGGUUGCCCUCAGUGAAAGCGUUAUUGAACGUGAUGUUGGGAGUGCACAGAAAUUCGAGAGGAGGGUACAUUGGAGGAAGAAAGGGGUAGGGUUGUCUCUUACGUGUACAGGCGGAUGUAGAAAUGAUUCCCCAGUGUAUCAUGGCAAUAGCAACGAAGUAUCCUGCGAGAAAACUGGAAGGACACUGACUUGCUGCUGAUGUUCGUAAACCUCGGCGUCUGUUUGUGCAUGUGCAAAGUUAGCAGUGAAGCGGUUAAACGCCCAACCGGGAAGAGGGUGACUGUUGACAGACGCCACGUCGGUGAGAACAUCUUGCUACAAGGCGAUGUUCUUUUCUCAGUCGAUAGGCUUGUCUCUUGAAGCCUGCCAAAGAAGGACUGCUCACAGUAGUGAGUGGGCAUGGACGGGCCGCGUGGUCCAUACUGUUCCUUGUUGCUCUUUCUGUGUGUUAUUUAAGA